AAGAGCCACGCGAGCGAACAGAUGCGUCAUCUUCCCACCCAGCGGCACGGUGCAUGCGACGCAGUCGGGUGAGCGCGCUGGCGACGGCGUUUCCAUCAAACUUCAACCGUCGCUUCUUUCCAAGAAGAGAACCGGCAGACUGCCACUACAUAUAACGCCGACCUUUUUAACGGUUUUUACAUUCGCAGUCAUUGUCGCUUUUCCCCUGUUUCUUUGAGCCUUCCGUGACUUCCGGGCUGAUCCAAGUUUUGAACGGGACAGUCAAGCGCCAUCCGUCUCUGGUCAUUUCGUUCCCGUUCCAAGUCCCGUUUUAAAAUUCGAUGCCUACCACCAUUUUCUUGGCCAUGUUUUGAAAGUGGCUCGUUCUCCGUGGAGAGCAAUUAGGUAUGUUUUGCGCAUUUAUUCCGCUUGCCUAACCCAGGAAGAAUGGCCGAAACGAUGGCGGUAUGUCCCCGUGAUCCGUCACCGAAGGAGCCUACGCAAACUGAGCAGGUUUCCGACGCUCCAACUGAAGAUCCAGAACGCGCCAGAAGAGUUCAAGAAGCUCGCAGAAGGAACGACAAAUUUUGGAGAGACGUCUUCGCCGAAACCGGCGUACGCCGGUAUCGCAACAACGUAGAAGAAAACGUCUGGAAACAGAGACUAACAAUCGCUGCUGUGGCAUUCGUAAUCAUCGCCGGCAUCACACAGGCAAUUUAUCGGGCGUAUCUAGAUUUGAAUUUCGGCUUCCGGAACAUUGACGUUACAGACACGGAGCGCCUUAAGGAAGUCAUGUUUGGCGGCAGUCCGUGGAUUGUUCUUUGCCGAUGGCCAGAAAACAAGAAAUGGAAGGUCCCUGAGAUUCUAGACAAUCACCGUCAGGAGCUCAUGAAAUUCGGGAAUCUAGGAAGCGUCGACUGCUCAGCCUCGCUGCCAAGCGGAGCAAAGUUCUCGGAGCGUUUCCGUAUCCCGUCCAGCACCGAGGCGAUGGUUAUCACCAACGGAAAGGCUCCGCGAAUUCUGAAUGUAUGGGCCCUGAAAAACUGGGAAAAUUUGUCAUCUUUUUUGCAGAAGAAUACCAAAGUCGAAGUGCGCAACGUUGAAGAGAACAUUUCCUUCACCAAGAACUGCCUCUUCCCGCCGGGUAGUCGGUGCAUUAUGUUCGCACGAAAAGGAGGUUUUACCCCCGAGACGAAAAACAAGGUCAUUGCAGGCAGUGUUGGCAAGAAAGGAAAGACCCGGAAGCUCAAGGUUAUCACCGUAGACACCGGGAAAUACGAGGUGACCGGCAUCGACCUCGGAGCGAAAUCGUUCUAUGCAACGAAAGUAGCAUGCGUCGGAAACAUAUCACCGCCGCCUACGCCUGAGGCGAAGAAGAAGAAGGAUGUGUCGAAGGAUACAUUCAUCUACUCUGUUUACGAAGGCGAAUUCACAAAUUCACGGGCUCUCUUGGAAUUUGCGGAAGCCUGCAUCUCCUCCAAGGAAGGCCAUGAAGGUUUCAGACAUUUGGCAAAGCCUCCUGUGCUUCGAAGAAAUUCCUUUGCAAAUGCGGGUAGUUCCGCAGGCAAGAAGAAACAGAAGUCUCAAUAAAUAUCAAGAAUGGGAGAAGACAGGUGUUUGCAUGAGUGGGAUCACGCGCGACCUCUGUUUUUUCCAGGUGCUCGUCUGAAGCUGAUCUUCUGUAUCCUGUACACAUUUUCUUCUCUACGUUUUUCUUCAAACCUCUACCGGAAUACUCUUUUAAAAAGACUCUUUAACACCACAAGGACGGGCGCUGUCCACCUUUUUGUUUUAGGGGCCCCUGGUAUGAUUUCGGACGCAUGUGCAACUCGAUCACUUGCGUCACUGCGGAGCUGUGUAAAAAGAGUAUCAAGCACACGCUUUGAGGCACGUAGUUGGUCAAGUGGAACGGUGGAUGAGCGAUUUGCUAUUUUUGUUUAAACUUACUGAAAAGCAAACUUCUUGAAAAGCAUCUCCAUCGAGAUCACGCAGGGAGCUGGAGCGUGCUUCUUUAGAUGACAAGAGAAUGAGCGCGUCAUAGACAGAGAGAAGGGUGGAGAAAAUACGUGGGAAUACGUGGGCCGUCAUCACACAACGAAAACGGGUGGCUCCUGGAAGCAACUAGGAACCACACUUUUUUUUCUGCGACGACACCGAAACCGCGAUCCAGCAAGUUUCGGUGUACAUGGCACACCUCUAGAUGGUGUGCCUCUCUUGAAACGGAAAACUCCUCUUGGAUCGCGACUCAACUCCGUGUUGUAGUGUUCGCCAGACUCCACUCAGAUGAAGGACAGCACUGUUGCGUGCUCUAUCAACUGACGGUUUUCCUGCUCCCGGGUGUUGGUUUAAUAACUGUACCAGAACCAUUCAGAACGGUUGCAACGCAUGCACACAUCUAUUUAGAGUCGCAGUCGUUCGGUGGCUGCUCCCUACGUCGGUGGUCCCUAACCGAAAAUCCCUUUUUCUCAGCCGUUAUGCGAGGAAACCCCUCAUCUCGUCCCUGUGGUCCACCUCUACAUUCUCCGACAGCAAUUGCUUUUGUAGCUCACAUCGGGGCAUUCCACCGCACUUUCCCUAGACUCGAUCGACUCCACUACAUCCCUGCCAGCCGCCUUCGGCCGACGCAGAAGUACCUUUCAUCGACACGUGAACAUACUACAGCAAUGCUGGAUCCUGCGUCUGCUCCUGAGCUCGAAGCGACGGCGGG